AUGGGGGUUCCAUCUACAACCUCCCCCUUUUCCCUAUUUCUCUAUCGAGACGUCAAAAAACUGCUUUCUGGGGGACAAAUCAAAUCGGAGGCGUGGUAUUACAUAACAGGGCAAUUCAACGUCUUUUUUCUUCAAUUCAUGAACGAAAAGAAAAGCGGUGUCUUGCGCUGGGUGACCCUUUUUGUUUUGCAUUUGCGCGCGUUUCGGGGAAAUGGGGGAACGCAGCUGCUACGGCAUCUUGUCUCUUCACGGCUUAAAAGGUGGUUUAUUCCAAUAAAAGCCGAAGCUCGUAAGAGCAAAUGA